CUAUAAAUACGAGACUUUUGUGCAUGCUGGUGGGAUAUAUAUGGAGAUAAGCGAAUCUGAGGGAGACAGAGACCAGCAAGCUCCUCAGCAAACAAGAGCUCACUUCUUCCUCCAGUAAUUUCACAUGUUUUAAAAGUUUCCGACCAGUUUACAUCGAGGAAAAAAGAGCAGCACAUCGAUCGCACAGUAAGGAAAGUUGGACGUCAUUUGAAAAUCGUGACGGAGCCUGAACCGCAAAAUUUGGCGAGGGAACUAUUCUUUACUUCGUAUUAUAACACACGCCCAAAUUUCAAGAAGGAGCCGUUGGAUCGGGAGAAUUUCCGAGCAGAACGAGAUGGAGGUCAACCAAACGCACCAGAAAUUCAUCCAACGACACAAAGCGCUCGUCUCCUCAACCGAGAAAGUGGACCGUUUUCAGAAGAAUGGACGCCUUCCUCCACACCCCGUCCAACCAUGUGAGCCAACAACACGUGAUGAGAACCACGUGCAGACACCUUCAGAUAACAGGAGCUCAUCGAAAGUCAAGAAAUUACCGCAAAUUGGCAGAAGGCGGGGUCGUCAUGUCGUGGGGAAAAUCUUUCCCUGCAAAAUAUGCCUACGUCCCUUCACCAACAGAUCCAGUGCUCACUUCCACGCCCACACCCACCUCAACCCCGACGAGAUGAAGCAGUCCUCACUUUUCCAUGAGAAGUGCCCCCACUGCGAAAAAGUGUUCUUCACUCGUCAACACUUUACCGACCACGUCAACGCGCACGAAGGUCACAAGAACCACGCCUGCCUCUCCGAAGAGGAAAAGGUCGCCCUCGUGAAGCAGGCGAGGAGUCGAGAGUGCCUCUUCUGCCAGAAGAAAUUCCCCGACAACGCCACUUAUCAUGCCCACCUGGCCACCCACACGACGGAGAAACCUUUCAGCUGCGACCAGUGUGAGGAACAGUUCAGUUUGAAGGGUAACUUAAACCUGCACAAGCGCAUUCACACUUCGAACCCAAAACGGUUCAAAUGCGAGGAAUGUGAUCAAGCGUUCAGUCAUAAACAUCAUCUGACCAGACACAAGAAGACGGUCCACCGGAAAUUGAAGGACAUCGCGUGCCUCCAGUGCCCCAAGAAGUUCGGGACGAAGGGUCACAUGGUGCGGCAUGUGAAGAGUGUUCAUGCCCAAAUCCGACAGCCCUGCCCCCAUUGCGGGAAGACAUUUUUGAGGAACGACCAUCUUGGGAGUCAUUUUAAGAGAGCUCAUCCGCCAGAAUAAUAUCAAGGGACGAAAUGUUUUACAUGUUUGAAAUACCUUUAUUUUCCCGAUUCCGAUUGAUAAAAAUUGCGUAAGGUGUAAACAUGACCCGAUCUUUGUUAUCUUUUUGAUUUUGACGAUUUUUAUGGAGUAAAGUGAUUAUAUUUUGUGUAAAA